AUGCGCAUCUUCGCGCUCGAGAAGUUGUUGCCAUCGCACUUUUGGUGCUUCCUGAGGCAACUGAAGAAAGUCAAGAAGGCGUCCAGUGAAAUCGUCGGCACUCACGAGAAGCGCCUGCUGACGGUGAAGAACUUCGAUAUCUGGCCCCACUACGACUCGCGUUCCGGCACGCACAUCAUGUAUAAGGAGUUCCGUGAGCUCUCGCGCGCCGACGCCGUCAAGAGCCACUACCAGGACAUGGCUGCACGGUACCACGCCCAUUUCCGGUCGAUCCACUCUCGCCCUCACCGCGUGGUCAAGUCGAAGCCGAAAUUUGUUGCUCAGUGUCCAACGACGUUCUGA